GGUCUCGCGAGAUGAGAUUUGUGACGUCGGGAUUAGCUGUCAGGCAAGAGCCAAGGAGCUGGACAUUAAUGGCGCUGCGGGACGUUUAAGCAGCGAUCCGGGACUGCGGGUUUUGUUAAGAAAAUCAGGACUGUCCCGCGAAAAGCGGGACUUUUGGGCGGUAUGAGUCUCAUACUUUGUCUGAACACAGCGCGACCCCCUUUAGUUGUUAUUUAAGUGUUCGGCUGAGAAAAAUGCUCACCCCUACCUCAUUUGUGAUUUAUUUAGAAUUAAAAGGCAAUAAUUGUAACAAUUAGAGGCCUUUGCGUUGCUUUGUUAGUGAUAGCACACUGCCAUAUAUAUGUAUGACUGCCCUAACUUCAGCCUCCUUCACUAUUUUACAUUGGAGUCAUCCAGCCGCUUUGAGUGCUUCAGACAUACCUCUUCUUAUCUCUAAGUAGUGUACUUGUGUAAGCACUUCUUUUGGCUUGGUUAUUAUCCCAAUGAAAGCCGUAGCACUGCUGCACAGCUGAAAACUUCCACAUCUGCCUGAAAACGUGUUGGCCGCCAGUAAAACACACUAACUCAGACACCCUGGCACAUCAUGCGCUAGAAGAUCUUACUGUCUACUGUUCUUUAUGGCAACUUGGAAUCCUCAGCAGCCCAAGGAACUCUGUUACAGAUGCCAAUUUAAGACCCAUGUACCCUUGCCAAAAGUGACAAGUUAAUUAUAUUUCAAAUAUGAUGUAAAUUGGCUUAGUAAAGGAUAAAAAUAAUACCAUCCCAGAGGGACCCAAUGAGCGGAACACAGUCUGCAGCUUCGGACAGGUUUCACUCCAGAAAACCAACCAGACACGGAAGCAUACUUUAUAGAGAGUCUUCUACAGACAAGAAGCUGAAAGUUGAGAGAAGUGUUAGCUCAUCCCAUGAAUUUGAUGCCACAGAAAGCUCGUCCAGGAAGACAAAGUCUACUUGGGAUGAGAGUAGACAAGAGACCUAUGGUUUAGUUCAGCGCUGUGUGGUAAUUCAACGUGAUGAAAAUGGCUUUGGCCUGACAGUCAGUGGUGAUAACCCUGUCUUUGUUCAGUCCGUCAAAGAAGAUGGCGCUGCUAUGCGAGCUGGAGUGCAGACUGGGGAUCGGAUCAUCAAGGUUAAUGGCACUCUGGUCACACACUCCAAUCAUUUAGAAGUCGUCAAGCUCAUAAAGUCUGGCUCCUAUGUGGCGCUUACAGUACAAGGUCGCCCCCCCGGGUCACCCAACAUCCCUUUAACUGAUUCUGAGGCCGAUGUGCAGAAUUCGGUCGCCAUAAUGCCCCCUCAUUCUCCAGUAACCCAAGGACAUGGAAAAGGAAUUACAAGUCCCAUACUUAUGGAAGAGGAAAAUAACAUUGUACAUACUCAGAUGCUGGAUAUACUGAAGAAGAUGCUCCAGAAAGAACAAGAUCAGCUACAGCAAUUUCAAGAAGAGUUUCAUACUACUCCGUCACCGAGGCUUUCUAAGGAGAUCCAAGACAGUAAAAAACACAUAUCCCAGUUGCAAGAACGAUUGUCAAAAGCAAGAGGACUUUCACAACAGGCCUCUGAAUCAUUGCAGAUCAGUGAGCUAGAUGCAGACUCCAGUGACAUACUGGGAAGAACAGAUUACAGCAGUGGGGAUGGAUCGCGGCCAAACAGUGACAUUGCAGAUAGCCCCCGUAGUGGACAGCGAGACAAGAGCUUCCUGGAGGAAAGUCCAGAGAAAAGUGAGAUUCAGGACACGGACUCUCAGUCAAGUAUGGGAAGCCCCUCUAUUCGCUUCACUCAUAAUAUUAUUGGUGCAGAGGAUGAUGAUUUUGAUGCUGAGCCAGAGCAGUCUCAGCAGAUAAAUGGGCAGUGUAGCUGUUUCCAGAGUAUGAACCUUUUGAAAUCUCACCCUGCUCACUUAGCAGUAUUUAUACACCAUGUGGUCUCCCAGUUUGAUCCAGCAGCUCUGCUGUGUUACCUGUAUGCAGACUUAUACCAGCAAACAAAUUCUAAAGAGUCUCGCAGAGUGUUUAUGGAGUUUAACCAAUUCUUCUUAGAACGAGCAGCGAAUCUUAGAGUCCAUGUCCCAGAUGAUGUUGCUCUUGAAUUAGAGAAAAGGAGACCAGAGCUGAUUCCAGAGGAGCUACAUCGACAAUACAUCCAGACUAUGCAAGAAAGGCUCACUGAGGAUGUUAAAAAAAACUUGGAGGAUUUUAAGCAAAAGCGCAGUAUGGGACUGACCCUGGCAGAGGGAGAGCUCUCCAAACUGGACUCAGAGCGAUUCAGAGACAGAAAUACGAUAGAGAAGGAAAGGGCCUGUGCAGAGCAGAUACUUCAAAAGAUUGAGGAGAUUCUGUUUUCAUCACAGACUCCUGAAGAUGAAAAGAGCAAUACCAUACAGUAUGUGAUCCUAACCUACAUGAAGCAUCUUGGUGUAAAAGUUAAAGAGCCACGAAGCCUUGAACAGAAACGUGGUCGAAUUGGAUUCCUCCCAAAAAUUAAGCAAAGCAUGAAAAAGGAUCGGGAGGGGGAAGAAAAGGUAAAGCGGAGAGGGUUUCCCAGUAUACUUGCACCUCAGAGGAAGCCUAGCCGACAAGAUAGCAAUGCAAUUGGCAGGGCUAUGGAAAUUCAGAGGCAACGCCACCCCAAGCACUUAUCUACAUCUUCAUCCAGUAGCCCUGAACCAGCAGAUGGAAGUCGAUUGCGAACCAGUGGUGGCUCCAUUGAGGGUUCUGAAACACCCUUCUCUCCAUCCUCUAAUCUGGGUGCAGCAUAUACCUUUCAGGAGGCUGGCAGAGAAGUGGAGGGAGUAUCUAGGUAUAGUGGUGAGAAUAUGUCCUCUGCAGAUACCCUUGAUGGGGCCACUCGCACACCUGGCCCAAUAUUUGACUUUCCAUCACUGCCACUUGACCACCUACAUGAAGAGACUGGUGAAGCAGACAGGAUUUCUGACCUGGGAACACCAAAACCUUUGAGAAAGUUGGAUAGCGUUGUUCUAGGUGACACUCAGAGUGAGGAUGAACACCAUGAGAUAGACCAGGAACAAGAUCCACCCAACUGGCAACAGCUUGUUAGUAAAGACACCCUACAGAAACUGAAACCACACGAGAUCAAGCAACAGGAAGUCAUAAACGAGCUGUUUUGCACUGAAAGGGCACAUGUACAGAAACUCAGUGUUUUGGACCAAGUGUUUCAUCAACGCGUGAUACGCGAGAAUCUCUUAACUCCUGCAGAUACCCGAAAUAUUUUCUCCAACUUAGAAGAAAUCUUACAGCUUCAUGUUGCACUUAAUGAGCAAAUGAAAGCAGUUAAGAAACGUUAUGAAACAUCCGUGGUUGAAGACAUUGGAGACGAUGUUUUGAACUGGUUCAGUGGAGCAGAAGAGGAGAAACUAAAGCAGGCCGUGGCCACAUUUUGCAGUAACCAGCCCUUUGCCUUAGAGAUGAUAAAAUCUCGGCAAAAGAAGGAUCUAAAAUUUCUAACCUUUGUACAGGAUGCCGAGAGUAAUCCUUUAUGUAAACGACUGCAGUUGAAGGAUAUUAUUCCCACUGAGAUGCAGAGACUAACCAAGUAUCCACUUCUGCUGGAUAACAUUGCCAGAUAUUCAGAUCGAGAGGAUGAAAAAGAGAAGGUGAACAAAGCAGCAAACCACUGCCGUAACAUCUUAGACUACGUAAAUCAGGCAGUUAAAGAGGCAGAAAACAAGCAGAGACUGGAAGAUUAUCAACGCAGGCUGGACCUGUCCUAUUUGAAGCCAGGAGAGUAUCCCAUGAUAGAUGAACUGAGAAAUUUAGAUUUGACCAAGAGGAAGUUGAUACACGAGGGGCCUCUCACAUGGAAAGUGAAUCGAGACAAAUCAAUUGAUCUUUACUCUUUGCUGCUAGAGGACAUAUUGGUUUUACUCCAGAGACAAGAUGACAAGUUGAUUCUGAGAUGUGUAAGCAAGAUUCUGGCUGCAACUUCAGAGAGCAAACAUAUCUUCAGUCCUGUUAUCAAACUCAACACUGUGCUAGUACGACAGGUGGCAACAGAUAACAAGGCAUUCUUUGUUAUAUCCAUGUCAAAAAAUGGGGCACAGAUUUACGAGCUGAUUGCCAACUCUGUUUCUGAGAAAAAUGGGUGGCAAGACCUGAUAACAAGUAUGGCAGCAACAUCGAAGACUGAAAAUCCUCAACCUACUCAGUUACAACAGACUGCCCCAGAUAUAGUCAGCGAGGAAGAACAUGAAGAUGUGGAGCAGCAGAACGUGUCAAAUGAUCAACAAGAAGAAAGACUCCAUAGGAAUAGUUUAGACAAAGACUCAGACACUGAAAGUUUAGUUCAGCCCAAAUCCUUUUCUCCAUCACCAACACAUGGCAGCAUCCUCCCUCACCAUGCAGGGAUUCUUAAAGAUCAGGACCAGCAAGACUUCAGACAGGCAACCAGUCCCUCCUCCUGUCAUUCAUCUACAGACCAUCACCUGGCAGUGAAUGCACUGAGAAACCUGGAACUGCUAAAACAGUUACUGGUGCAACAGCUGAAGUUCCUACAUCAAGAUGAAGCGGAAAACUUUCAACAAUUUUGCAGCUAUAAAUCAAGGGGGAAAAUGGAAAGUGAAAAUCUUACCAGGAUUUCAAGCAUGAAUAAGCAGAACAGGGGAAGCAGGGAGUCUGAUCAGAAGAAAGAACUGCAUGCUCAGCACAGGGCCACAGACAGACGUUCUGAACAUAGCAACACUGGCCCAGAUUGUGUUGCCAACAUUUUGGAAGAGGGUGGGGAACAGUUUUUUGAUGCUCGUGAACCACGCAGUGAUCCUUAUGUAGAUGGCUCUAGAAGAGAGACUAACCUUGAAGAGGCACAGUUCAGAUCAUCAGAAAACUAUCUGAUACUGGAUGGCUUUGAGAAUGUGCAGGAGAGCUCCACAGAUGAUGAUCUCUCUGCCUCACACUACCCCACCCAAGGUCCAAUAGUUUGUGAUCCAACCGAUCCUUUGCAUGAGGAAGAAAGGCUGGCCUUCAAUGCCCUCGAGCCUACACCAUCUUCAGAGGCUUUUAACCAGAUGCUUCGUUACAUCACAAACAUUCAAUCAGACUUGCAGCAGCUUAAGGGGCUUGAAGACUAUUAUAACACAUAUCGAGACAGGAUGGCUUCGUCAGUGGUCUUGGAGGUAGAGUCAGAUAAGGCAAUGCUUCCUACAGAUAAGGGUUAAAUCCAGGGAUUAUUCAAUUUGGCGUCAUCUGAUUUUUAAGGGAUCUGCCUGCAGUUCCUUGCCCUACUUUGGGAACAACACGUAUGUGCGCACAGUCUGCUGCCAACACACUCCAGCCUCCCUGACUCAUGAUCCACAUUAAGAUACCAAAUGUACAGAGAUGUGGUGAUAGGAAUUAAAAGUAUUUAGCAAUUUCUACAAGAAGUGAAGAAAAAAAAAAAGAGAGAUGUAUUUAUUUGUCUUUGAUUUAAGGCACAUUGUUUUCUUGCUUUUUUUAUUGUAUAUUUUCAACCCUUUAUUGUUUGUUACAUGGAUGAGUUCAUGGCAAACCCAUCUGUACUGCAGUCAAGCAGCAGAGGGAGUGUGGUAAGUGUGUUUAGAGUAAUCACAUCUUUUCACAAUCGGUCUUUCAAGGCUGUUGAUCAUGCAUGUUCAGUGUGAUAUUGCCCUUAAAGGGCACACCCAUGCUUCUUUCCCAGAUAUAAGGGGAAAGGUCAUGCCAGUUACUUUAACACCAAAUAGACGUGUCAUUACAUUAGUGGUUAUGAUACUGCUGCUGCUUGUCCUCCAGAACACUAGCAUAGGUUGCCAAAACACUACUGAGCUAGCCAUGCCCUUUUUUUUGAGACAGGCACAGGCACCACAAAUGAUGUUGAGGGCCAGUAAUAAAGUUGCCUGGUGGCCUGCCUCCGUAUUUGCACUGACCAUGCCAAGGUGCUAUAACCUUUUUACCCUCCCAUUCCAUCCACCAUUUACCCCGAGGCUGAAGAUAUAUUCAGAAGUCUCUUCACUCAUAACCAAGUAUUUAAUCCUACGCUUCCAGCUUCAGCUGCAACUUUAUCAGUGAUAGCUGCUCAUUUUGUAGCCUUGCUACCAUUCUCUGCAUGUCUGAGCAGUUUGGGAGAGAAAACUGCCCCUCUGCUAGCAAAUAGCAGAAUUUUGUGCCAGUUAGUGUUAAAGUUAAGCUUUUACUCCUGAAACCUUCCCACGGAGAUCACCUUGGGAACCCUCUCUUUAACCACAGGGAACCUUGUAUUAAUUCAGACAAUCUCUCAGGUCUGAUGCCUGCACACCGCAUACGAGGAGGAAAAAAAUUACGCGAUCAUACAAUCAUCUCUCCUGUCUGUGGCAGAGAGCCAGUCAACUGACAGAUUUGCACCACCGAAGGUGACCAAAUAUUUACAGGUGCUCCUUCUUGGCUAUCAAGUUCACCAGCCAUCUCUGUUCCACUACAUUACCAGACAAUUACAUGAUUGCUAGCUAAUCAUUUAAAUCUUGUAAUGCCCUUGUAGACAUCAACAUGUAUACAACCACUGCCUGCAGCUAUCUUAGAAUGCUGGAUCUGCUGAUUCUAUAUCCUCUUAUUAGAUGCUAAUGUAGCUGGAUUAGAGGGACAGGAAGUGGGCUAGAAUGCAUCUUGCACUUUCAGGACUGAUCAUUCACAGUUUACUUUGCUGUGUUUUCCCAAUAAAGGGAGUGUUCUGUACCCUUUCUGUAUUUUUUGUAUAUAAAAACACUACUGGUCGUAUUCACUUUGUACAUCAGUAAUGCACUCUUAACAGUGGCUAAAACCAAGAUUUUGGAGUAUUCUUUACAAGAAAGUUAACAUUCAUAUUCUAUGUUUUUAAUGAUCAUGAAUGGCUGUCUGAUAUAUAAUUAUCCUGAUGUAUGUUUGUGAAAUAGCUCUUUUUAUUCAUUAUAGCCCAUAAGUGUGUAUGUUUCUGGAAUGAAAUAUCUCUCAGCUAAAGAUAUUUUUGGAGGGGGGUGGUUCAGGGAGAGUGGGAAGUAAUAUUCUGAUAUUAAAUAAGUUUACAGAAA